GUUAUUGUUAGUCAUUCUCCGUCUAUUGCAAGUUAAGUUAUAUAAGUUUUAAAUUGUGUUUUCAUAAUAUGCUUUCAAGCAAGCGGAUUUUAAAGCGAUUAGCAAUUUUUGAUUUUGACCAUACAAUAUGCGAAUACAACACUGAUAUAGUUGUUCGAGAUUUGCUGAAACCAGAUUUAAUCACUUCGGAUAUAAAAAGUGUGCGCAGUUGUGGAUGGAUUCGAUACAUGCAACGAAUUUUUGAGCUACUACACAAAAACGGAUAUUCAAAAAUAGAUAUACAAAAUGCGAUUCAAAAUAUACCUGAGGUGAAAGGAAUUAAGCAGUGCAUUGAAGAACUGGCUAAGAAUAAUUUUCACAUUAUUAUUAUAAGCGAUUCGAAUUCUGAGUUUAUUGAAACAUGGAACAGUUUCAACAAUAUUGGCAGUUCUAUACACACGGUAUUUACGAAUCCGGCCAGUUACAACAGUGAAGGUAUGUUGCAGGUUCGUCCCUACCAUUACCAAACAAAGUGCGAUUUAAGUUCGAGAAAUCUUUGCAAAGGGUUGAUUAUGGAGAAUUUUCUAAGCAACCAGUAUGACUCAGCCGAUACAGAGUAUGAUAAAAUAUUUUACAUUGGAGAUGGCAAAAACGAUGUCUGCCCUAUGUUACGGCUAAAAGAAAACGGAUAUGCUUGUCCACGCGAAGGAUAUGCUUGCUGUGAUGCGCUUAAUUCCGCUAUCAAUCAACGUCGAGAAACAUACAAAGCCAAAAUCCUGAAAUGGAAUACUGGAACACAACUUAUGAGCUUAAUAACAAAGGAAUUGGAUGUUCUGUAAAUUUUUAGCUGACUGAUCAGUAGUUAAGUUGCUAUCUUUUCAUUUUGAUGUAAAUGAUGUUUUAAUCAAUAGAACACUUUUUGAAAAAUCAAUCAAUAUUAUUUUCAAAACAAAAAAAAAUGUUAAAAUGUGACAUUUACUAUUCAGCAAAUAAAUUUU